AUGAGCACCGCGGCGCGGAGACAGUGCAUGUGGAAACUUGCCGACCUCUUCAACGAUCCGGUCCACGCGGACAUGAUGUCUCAGUUGGAAUCUCAUUCCUUUGGCAGACCAAUCAAGCCUCACCUGGACGUUGAUGUUGCAGUUGCCGUGGAGGGCAUUCGAUACUACUCUGGCUGGUGUGACAAGGUCACCGGGGAAACACAUCUCAAGGACAACGGAUUUACAAAGUCUGUGCGAAGGGAGCCGAUCGGCGUGGUUGGAGCACUUUUGGCAUGGAAUGGCCCGAUUGCCUCUGUCGUCAUGAAGGCCGGCCCAGCACUGGCCACGGGCAAUGUUAUAAUCCUGAAACCGAGUGAGAAGACCCCUCUAGGGGCGCUCUACGCGGCCGACCUCUUUCGUCAGGCGGGAUUUCCACCGGGGGUUUUUCAAGUCCUCCCUGGCGAUGGAAAGCUUGGUACGCUGAUGGCAUCACAUAUGAGGAUUCGAAAGAUAAGCUUCACGGGCUCCAUUUCAACAGGCAAGAAAGUGCAGGAGGCAGCGGCCAAGUCGAAUUUGAAGCGUGUGACUCUGGAACUCGGCGGGAAAAGCCCCGUCAUCGUAUUUGAAGAUGCCGACCUCGACGUUGCCGCUUUCUGGGCUGCGACCGCCAUAACUGCAAACUGUGGCCAGUACUGUAUCGCUGGAUCGAGAGUCUACGUCCAGAGCGAGGUGUACGACGCUUUUCUCGGCCGCUAUACUGCAAUCUUGAAACAGAUGGCCGGCGGCAAAGGCAUCCCCAGCGAUCCAUCGACGACUUAUGGCCCCGUGGCCGACAAGAUACAAUUUGAGCGUGUCCAGGCAUACAUCGAAAGCGGGAAAGGCGAAGCGAAGCUGGUCCUUGGGGGCGACCGAAUGGGGAACAAGGGCUACUUCAUCCAUCCGACCGUCUUCGCAGAUCCUACUCCGAACGCAAAGGUCUACAAAGAAGAGAUAUUUGGACCAGUCUCAGUGGUAAAGCGCUUCUCGACCGAGGAGGAGGUCAUUGCUCUGGCCAACGAUACCGAGUUUGGUUUGAUGGCCGGGGUCUUCACCAAGCAACUCGACAGGGCAGAGAGGAUGGUGAGUGCUAUAGAGUCUGGCACCGUCUGUAUUAAUUCAAUGAUGAUUGUGAGCGCCCAAACUCCUUUUGGCGGGGUCAAGCAAUCAGGCUACGGGAGCGAGGGUGGCUUCGAUAGUAUUCUUGCUUACACCCAAGUCAAGACCGUUUUUCUAAGGUAG